AGGGGCGGUCCGGGUGAACCACCAGUUACCUCCUUACAGUCUUACGAAGAACAUCUCCGACUGACACUUACCACAAGACACUGUCGGUACUUUCAUCAAUUACAGUCAACACCAUUAUGGCUUCAACAACACCGUCAGGAAGGAAUGAAUCAGGGUUACCGCGCCUCCUGUCGGUGGUGUCCAUGGGCGUGGUACUACUCUUACUGGCCCCUACACCCACACCCGCCACACCCUUUGACCUCUCAAGGGUCAUUUCGACUUUGGCGGACAACGUAAUCGAUCGACUCUACAACGAGGGGGAGAUGAACCUACUAGGCCACUACUGCACCUACAAGAGACAGCCUUACUUCCACAGGUGGGAGCUGUUUUACCGAGCCCAAGCUACCUGUCCCGGCUGGAGUACCUCUGUUGGUAAAUCCAUCAACCACCGCAACCCUAACUCAGCUGAGAGGGAGGCCACGAGGAAUCUGGUGCAGCAGAUCGUGGCAGAGGGCUUAGUGGCCAAGGAGGAGGCCAAGGAGUGGCUCUGAGGUCCUGGCCAGCCACCACAAAUACACCCCAGCCUGGCAAACACCUACCACAGUGACCCUAUUUGACCAUACCUACCACAGUGACCCUAGUUGGCCAUACCUACCACAGUGACCCUAUUUGGCCACGCCUACCACAAUGCCACCACCACUAACUGACCAACCUCCUGAAAGAAAAUUUCCUUCUUGCCUGGUGUUGUGAGCCACACGAUUACUGAAGCAACAUAAACCUAACCUAACCUAACUUAACCUAACCUAACCUAACCUAACCUAACCUAACCUAACCUAACCUAACCU